AUGGCAAACGACAACAUCGAAACCCGCCUCUUCAUCGACGGCAAAUUCGUCCCCUCCUCCUCCUCCGACUCCACCUUCCCGCUCACCUCCCCCCACACCUCCACCCCGCUCGCCACCGUCUCCGCCGCCACUCCCACCGACGUCUCCGCCGCCGUCGCCGCCGCAUCCCGCGCCCACCCCAGCUGGUCUGCCCUCUCGCCCGCGCAGCGCGGCGCGCCCAUGACGCGCCUGGCGGAGCUGAUCGUCGCGCACAAGGCGGCGCUCGCGGAGCUGGAGGCGCGCUCGAUGGGGAAGCCCGUGGGCGAGUUCUUCGAGGCGGACGCGGCGGCGGGGGCGUUCCGGCUGUACGCGGGGCUGGGCUGGAGCGCGCGCGGCACGACGAGCCUGAACACGCCUGGGUACGUCAACGUGACGGUGCGGCAGCCGUUUGGGGUGGUGGGCGUCAUCAUCCCGUGGAACGCGCCGCUGCUGUUUUUCGCGAAGAAGGUGGCGCCGGCGGUGGCGGCGGGGAAUGCGGUGGUGGUCAAGAGCUCGGAGAGGGCGCCGUUGACGUCCGCGAAACUAGCCACCCUCAUCAACCAAGCAGGCUUCCCGCCCGGCGUCAUCAACGUUCUCUCCGGCCUCGGCCCCGUCGCCGGCGCUGCCAUGUCCUCGCACCCGCAGAUCCGCAUGAUCAGCUUCACCGGCUCGCUACGUGCGGGAAAGGCCAUCCAAGCCGCGGCGGCAGCGUCCAACCUGAAAAAUGUCGUCCUCGAGCUCGGUGGCAAGUCGCCCGCCAUCGUCUUUGCGGAUGCGGAUCUCGACGAGGCGGCGCGGGCGACGGCGUACAGUGUAAGCACGAAUGCGGGGCAGACGUGCAUGCAGAACAGCCGUGUAUACGUGCAGCGGGCCGUCGCGGAUGCGUUUGUGGAGCGGGUGAAGUCGUGUUUGGCAGGGGUGAGGAUGGGCGAUCCGCUGGAGGCAGAGACGCAGAUGGGGCCGAUUGUGGAUGCGGAGCAGCAGAAGCGCGUGUUGGAGUACAUCAAAGAGGGGACAGAGACGUCGAGGGAGACGAUCACGUUGGCUGACGCCGCCGCGGCGGGUGCUGGCUCUACGCAUGUCAGCCCGACGGUAUUCUUGGACACACCGGAGGAUGCGCGGGUCAUGAAGGAAGAGGUGUUUGGCCCUGUCGUCAACAUCAACGGCUUCGAAGACGAGGAAGAGGUGGUGAAGAAGGCUAAUGAUACCGAGUUCGGCUUGUAUGCGUCUGUCUUCACCAGGGAUGUGGAUCGCGCGCUGCGGAUGAUGACGCGGUUGGACGCUGGCACCGUUGGAAUCAACUGCACCAGCCCCACAACCGCGGUUGACAUGCCGUUUGGAGGAUACAAGCAGAGCGGCCUCGGGCGCGAGGGCUUGGAGCAUAGCUUGAGUAAUUAUCUUGAGGUCAAGACGGCUUUGAUCAAGGUAAAAGGACUGUGA